AGACCUAUAAAAGAGGACUCGUCGAUUUACAAUAUCAUAUCAAGAUUACACUUAGCAACAAGUAUUUCAUUGCAAAAAAGAGAACAUGCUUAGAAGAAACAUGGCAACAAAUAUGAUAUUAGCGAUUGUUUUGACCGUAUUUGUUUCAGCAACCAAAGCUGGCACUGGUUAUAUCGGUUGUUUCCAAGACAAUUCGACAAGGAUUUUAGAAGGUACAAUGACUUCAGGCAGUAUGACUGUCGAGAAAUGUGUACAAAGAUGUAGCAUGGAAAGAAAGUUGUUCGCGGGUGUUGAGUACAGCAACCAAUGUUUUUGUGGUUCACAAUUAAGACCAUAUGCAAAACGUCCUGAUUCAGAAUGUAGUUUUAAUUGUGGAGGAAAUUCUGGCCAGAAAUGCGGUGGAUUUUGGAGAAUUUCGCUAUAUAACACGCACAGAUAUAUGGGCUGUUAUGUAGACUCUAAAUCCAGAAUCCUUAGUGAAAAAAAUACAAGCAACAACAAGAUGACGACGGAACUUUGUCUUGCAUUCUGCAAAGGUCAUGGACUAAAAUAUGCACUAACUCAGUAUUCUUCGCAGUGUUUCUGUGGAAACAGUUUAGGGAAUGUACAGAAAGCACCCGACAGCGAAUGUAGCUAUGAUUGCCAAGGUGCUAAAAGUGAGAAAUGUGGAGGGUUUUGGAGAGGGUCAUUAUACCUUGUUGUUUCAACCAAAGCUGGCACUGGUUAUAUCGGUUGUUUCCAAGACAAUUCGACAAGGAUUUUAGAAGGUACAAUGACAUCAGGCAGUAUGACGGUCGAGAAAUGUGUACAAAGAUGUAGCAUGGAAAAAAAGUUGUUCGCAGGUGUUGAGUACAGCAACCAAUGUUUUUGUGGUUCACAAUUAAGACCAUACGCAAAACGUCCUGAAUCAGAAUGUAGUUAUAAUUGUGGAGGAAAUUCUGGCCAGAAAUGCGGUGGAUUUUGGAGAAUUUCUUUAUAUAACACACACAGAUAUCUUGGCUGUUAUGUAGACUCUAAAUCCAGAAUUCUAAGUGAAAAAAAUACAAGCAACAACAAGAUGACGACGGAACUUUGUCUCGCAUUCUGCAAAGGCCACGGACUAAAAUAUGCUCUAACUCAGUAUUCUUCGCAGUGUUUCUGUGGAAACAGUUUAGGAAAUGUACAGAAAGCACCCGACAGCGAAUGUAGCUAUGAUUGUAAUGGUGCUAAAAGUGAGAAAUGUGGAGGGUUUUGGAGAGGGUCAUUAUACCUUGUUGUUUCUGGCACUGGUUAUAUCGGUUGUUUCCAAGACAAUUCGACAAGGAUUUUAGAAGGUACAAUGACUUCAGGCAGUAUGACGGUCGAGAAAUGUGUACAAAGAUGUAGCAUGGAGAGAGAGAUGUUCGCAGGUGUUGAGUACAGCAACCAAUGUUUUUGUGGUUCACAAUUAAGACCAUACGCAAAAAGUCCUGAGUCAGAAUGUAGUUAUAAUUGUGGAGGAAAUUCUGGCCAGAAAUGCGGUGGAUUUUGGAGAAUUUCAUUAUAUAACACGCACAGAUAUCUUGGCUGUUAUGUAGACUCUAACUCCAGAAUUCUAAGUGAAAAAAAUACAAGCGACAACAAGAUGACGACGGAACUUUGUCUAGCAUUCUGCAAAGGUCAUGGACUCAAAUAUGCUCUAACUCAGUAUUCUUCGCAGUGUUUCUGUGGAAACAGUUUAGGAAAUGUACAGAAAGCACCCGACAGCGAAUGUAGCUAUGAUUGUAAAGGUGCUACAACUGGCACUGGUUAUAUCGGUUGUUUCCAAGACAAUUCGACAAGGAUUUUAGAAGGUACAAUGACUUCAGGCAGUAUGACGGUCGAGAAAUGUGUACAAAGAUGUAGCAUGGAAAGAAAGAAGUUCGCAGGUGUUGAGUACAGUAACCAUUGUUUUUGUGGUUCACAAUUAAGACCAUACGCAAAACGUCCUGAAACAGAAUGUAGUUACAACUGUGGAGGAAAUUCUGGCCAGAAAUGCGGUGGAUUUUGGAGAAUUUCGUUGUAUAACACGCACAACUAUCUUGGCUGUUAUGUAGACUCGCAAUCUAGAAUUCUAAGUGAAAAAAAUACAAGUGACAACAAGAUGACGACGGAACUUUGUCUUGCAUUCUGCAAAGGUCAUGGACUGAAAUAUGCUCUAACUCAGUAUUCUUCGUAUUGUUUUUGUGGAAACAAUUUAACAAAUGUACAGAAGGCACCUGACAGCGAAUGUGACUAUGAUUGUAAAGGUGCUAAAAGUGAGAAAUGUGGAGGGUGGUGGAGAGGAUCAUUAUACCUUGUUGUUUAAAUGUGCACCCAUACGAAAGGAAAAUGUGCAGUUGGAUACUAUACCUAUUGACUGAAUACUACCUUUAAAUAUUUUUAUUUCUAUUACUUUUAUGUAAAAAAAACAUAUUAUUGUUUGUAAAUGAAUAAAAUGUCUAUCAAAUAAAA